GUCAUGGAGCUGCAUGCAGUCGACUUUGAUCGGAACCAAAGUGACUCCAUGGAGCUGGCCAUGGAGACUUCCGUGCACCACUGAUAAGGUCCGACACCAUAAAGAGGAUGAGAAGAAAGGACGGCAAACCUCAGAUUUGAUUCUGGAAAGAGGUUGCAUGCUCCCCCACCCUGCACUUUCCUUUGGGAUUUGUAUUUCCUCCCAAAUACCUCUGUAUACACAAUUGAACACAUAAUUCCUCAACCACAGGCUUUGAAAGCCCACUACAGAGGCAGCACCAUUUUGCACGCUCAGAGAUCAAGAUUGAGAGUUGUGACUCCAACAUUACCUUUUUUAAUAUUACUAUGAGUCUUCCAUCGCAAGUUAAUACUGACAAGAGUGGCAAGCAUCGGGCUGCGGCCAUGAAAGAGCCUGUGCAGCAUUCAGGGGAGGUUUAUUGUGGUAUGGGACCUCCGGCUUUAGAGUCAAGCCACACUGACUCUGCUAGCAGCUCUGGUGUUUACAACCCAGAGAAAGGGCCUCAAAGUCUACCGCACUAUCAACAGGGUACUCCAGUAAAGUGGACCCACCAGGACUCUGCACAGGCCCCCGGCUGGUCUCAGGAAGCUCCUGUUCAAGCCUGGGGGCAGAACUUUGGCCCCUAUAUGAGUGGAGUGAAUGUCAGGGGUCAAAUGGCGUUCCACAAAGGAGUCAAUGAGCCCGUAGCUCUGCCAAUCGGGGGAGAAAAUCAACUGCCAGGACCGGUUGAGGGUUACAGAGAUGCCACCCAGGGUCCAACUCAGGGGAGGGGGAUCGAGUGGGAGCAGCACGCUGCGGCUGCAAUGCACCAGGCUCAGCUGCAGGCGUAUCAAAACGCUCACAAAGGCGUGGAGCUCCAGGGUCAGUCCCACUCACCGGCUCACCCUGUGCAGGAGUCCAUGCUGCAGCCCUUCCAGACAACAUUUAGGCCCGGCAAGCAACAGUUUUCAUCAGGUUAUUACUCUGUUUUUCCAGGCAACAAGGGAAUGCCUGGUCUGGCGUACGCCGAGCAGCCUAAAACUCAACAGCAGCUGCUAAACCAGAUGCAGCAGCAGCAGCAACAGCAGCAGCAACAAAUGCAUCACCACCAUCAUCAGCAGCAGCAACAGCAGUUGCAGCAGCAGCAUCAACUUCAGUUGCAGCAGCGGCAACAUUUGCAGCAGCAGCAGCACCACAUCCAACAGCAGCAACAGCAACAACUGCAGCAAAUGCAGCAACAGUAUCACCAGCAACAGAUACAGGAGCGACAGCAACAAAUGCAGCAUAUGCAACAGCAGCAACAAAAUGUGCCACAGCAAGAAGCAACGCAACCACAGAUGCAAUCAAAUCAGCAACAGAACCAAAACUAUGUGACUUCUCAGCCUCCUGAUCUCGGGCCACCGAUCAUCACUCCCAAGGAGGAAGUGCUGUCAGUGAAGCAGGAACCAGGGGCUCAAACCUGUGACGUUUCUCCCGUUGCCGGUCCGUGCACCGAGAAGCUCGCCACAAAUCCCGAAGAGCCUUCAGAUUCACAGGCUGCCCCUCGGCGUUCACGUCGCCUCUCUAGAGACGGCCAGUCCCCGCUGGGACCCCCUUCGUUAAACAUCUGGUCUCAGGCUCCCAAAGAUCCUCCGCCAUCCCAGAAUGGAGUGGCGGGCACUCAGGCUGUGAAAGGAGGGGAAGUGACAACAGGAGGGGUCAUCCGUCGGAGAAGGAGGGCGUCGAAGGAGAUCAACUUGGAGACUUUGGCCCAGAAGGCAUCAGAAAUGGAGUCUCUACCUGCUAAAAUGGUCAAGCAGGAGGACGGCUCUUUAGGCAGACCGGGCUCGAUGGUGCCUCUGGUCAUCCCCGUGUCGGUGCCGGUGCACAGGAGUCAAAUGGAUCCUCAGGGGGGCUGGACUCAUGCUCUACUGGGUCAGGGGGAGCGGCCUGCAGGAACAUCCGAUCGCAAACCUUCUGUCAUCGUGGCUCGUCGGCGAUCGCUCAGAAACUCCAUGAUCGACGGUUUUGGGCAGGAUGGGGAAAACGAUUCAGGGCUGGACGAGGAUGGAAAAUCGAAAUUUAAGCGCCGACCUCGCCCAGAGCCUCUCAUCAUCCCUCCGCACAGACCAUCCACCUUCAUCCCUCCAUCCCUCUACUCCAGCAUCACCUCCUACCAGAGCAACCUGCGCUCACCUGUCCGCCUGCCGGACAACCCCCUCACCAUGCCCCCGUACACACCUCCACCCAUCCUGUCUCCGGUGCGCGAGGGCUCGGGGCUCUACUUCUCCGCCUUCCUGACCAACAUUGCUGUAAGCAACCAAAUCCUGCCGCCACCCCCGCCUACGACCAAAUCUACGAUGCGCAGUCUGUUGCAUUCCACAAGUUCAGAAAUCACUCCUCCGGUUCUGUCCUUGAUGACUGAUGCCACGCCUGCGAGCCUUGAGCCACGUAUCAACAUCGGUCAGAAGUACCAGGCAGAAAUUCCAGAGUUACAGGAGCAUCCUUCCUCCCAGUUGGACCAGCACAAGGGGGACUUGGUUUGGCUCCCUAUGGAGGACUCCCACCUCAAACAUGUGGAGGGCAUGAUGAGGAUGGCUUGUUGCAGUGUGCUGCGGGGCGGAGGAACCAACCAGGAGCUGGUUUUACACUGUUUACAUGAAUGUGGAGGAGACUUCCUUGAAACGCUGGGACGUUUGAUGCUUCAGGACCCACUUUUCCCUCACGGUCAUCCCCUGGCCUCUUAUCACUACUCAGGCUCCGACUGCUGGACUGCAGAAGAGAAGUGCUAUUUCAAUAAGGGGAUCUCUGCCUACAGGAAGGACUUCUUUAUGGUGCAGAAAUUGGUGCAGACCAAGACUGUGGCUCAGUGUGUGGAGUUUUACUACACGUACAAGAAACAGGUGAAGAUCGGUCGCAACGGGAUUCUAACCUUCGGCCCUCCAGAUUCACCUCAGGAGAAGCACAGCGAGGCUGUGGUGGACAUUAAGAGUUCACAGCGGACAAAAUAUAUUAUUCAAGGAGAGCCGGAAGACGAUAAGAGGAAUGUCUCUUACGAGAGCAGCCAUCAGGCGAGGAUUGCUCAGUCGCUCCAGACUCACGACUACGCAGGAACAAUGCUGCUGACCAAAGAGCCGGACCCUGUGAGCAUGGAGGCUCUCCACCCGUCGGCACCGCACAGACCUCCAGCUGAGCCCGCAGCAAAGAAGGGCAGAGCACCACCGAAGCCCCCGCCGGAUCCCGACGCAAUAUUUCCGUGCAAGAAAUGUGGCAGGGUGUUUUACAAAGUCAAGAGUCGAAGUGCCCACAUGAAGAGUCAUGCGGAGCAGGAGAAGAAGGCGGCAGCGCUGCGUCAGAAGGAAGAGGAGGAGCAAGCAGCAGCUGAAGCUCGGGCUAGGGUGGCGGCGGCAGCGGCGGCGGCAGCGGCGGUGGCAGCGGCGGCGACUGCUAAUCAGGGAGGGAAUGAUGACGGAGUGACGGAGGAGGCGGAGGUCAGCAGCCAGGAAGACUCAACUGAGGGAGAGGAUGACAAGGAUGAAGACUGGCACUGAGAGACACAAAUCCAGAGAGGAGAGACACCAAUGAGAAGAUGGAUUGAUGGAGGUCGAGUCAGAGAGGGAGGGAUGAAAAAAAGAUGUCCUGCCUCACCGAGAGCAGAAAAAAGACAAGAGCAGUGCUUUUCAAGUCUUCCUGUUAGUCGUCACACUCCCUGCUGACUGAGUGACCGUUAGCCAGUCAAACUUCACAUCUUCACACUUUUUGUACCUUUUAAAUAUUCAGAGGAAGUUUAUUUUUUUGUAAAUGCACUUAUCCCGUUUGCUUCUGCUUUUGCCAAUAUUGCCUUUUUAUAUCCAUUAUUUAAUUGAAUUUAAUGUCUAAAUAUUAUACAGUUUCAUGGUGUGGAUUUAAUGGUUAUAUGAUAUUUCAUAAGAUAAUCAGAAUGCCUGUUGAGCAACAAAUCAUCAAGAUCAAAGCUAUCUUACACUUCUCAGUAGCAGCCCUUUUUAAUAAAGAUAGAGUAAGAGCUAGUAUUUAUCUUUUUCUUGGGAAAAUACUGUGGUGAGUUUUGCCGAAUUUCCCCCAGCUUUUUAGGUUGGUUGCACACUUAUUUUGUACAACUAAGGGACCUUUUGAAAUGAAUAUGUACAAAAAAAUAUAUAUGAGAUGGCCAUAUAUUUAUGAUACUGCAUUUUUUGCAAUGAUUUUGGUAAUAUAAAAACUAAUCAUGUCAGCUGCAAUAAGACUUGUGAAUUGAAAAGUUUAUUAAAAUCUGCUACUGUUCAGAGAAA